GAAUGAGAGGCAGGGAAGAAGAUGAACGUGAUGGCUUGAAACAAAGCCACACGAUUCUUCCAAUCGCAUCUCUUUCUUUCUUUCAAUUGGAUAAAACAAAGAUUCUCCUUUUUGCACAAAUAUUCCCAACUAAUGCUCAGACUUCAUAUUAUCUGCUUCAAAUGAAAAAUACCCAUUUCUCUGAAAUAUACAAUCUUGAUUGUUGAAUUUUAUAUAUUGGUCCUGAAGCAGAAGAUGAGAGAUUGCUGAACACGGAGAUUGCAAUAGGCGAUGAUGGCAACUUUACCUGUCUGUUCAACUACUGCUUCCUCUUCUUCCCAUUCAAAGAUUCCUAUCUAUGGGGGGUUCAAAUCCUUUUCCUCCUGUUGGAAAACAUACCAGAUGAAAUGCAAUGUCAUGGACUUGGCUAGUUCAUUUCAUCUUCAUGGAGCUUCAUUCCGAGGAAAAUUGCCUAUAUCUUUGUACUCAAAGUUUGUACACAAAAGCAAUCUGUUCAGUUCCAUUUGUAGUUGUAGCCGAAAUGUAUUUGAGGGUGAAUUAUUGACUAAUCAUCUGGGCAUGACUAGUGACUCGAGUGGAAAUCUGAGAUUUGUAGAUAGUUCUGUUGGAGCGGAGGAGAUGAUUGGUUUUAGUAAUGACUUGGUCAAUAUUGCACCAGAGUCCAUAACUACCGUAGAUCUCACCCCUGUCUCGAUAUUGGAUUUGGAUACAAGUUCAUCAUCUGCUAUGGAUGUUUUCAAUAAGUCAAUCACUGAUUCACUUGAUGAAAUUAGCUCGUCUGUUAGAGGUGCUACUCAAGCAGUUGAUGAUGUUAUUAGUAAAUUGACAGAAGCCUCUGGUAAUGGCGUGGCAGGCUUGAAAGAAGCCUCUGGUAAUGGCGUGGCAGGUUUGAAAGAAGCCUCUGGUAGAGUUGGGGUUGUUGCUGUUGAUGCAUUGAGACAUAUAAUUCUGAUUGUUGAGGAUUCGGUAUCACGACUUGUUGUGUAUUCUUAUGGGUCUGUGAAGGAGAUACUUCCUCCAGAAGUCCAGGAUACGCUAAAUGUACCUUUAGAGCGUGCAGUGAAGCUUCUUACUCCUUUUGGGACUGCUCUGGGACAGCAGGGCUACGCUGCUUUGGAGAGGAGUCUUGGCUUGGAUCCAAGUGACCCAAUUGUUCCGUUUGUUCUUUUGCUUGGGGCAUCAACUUCUUUUUGGGCUUUUUAUUGGAUAUUGACCUAUGGUGGAUAUGCUGGGGAUUUAUCUCCCAAGUCAAGUUUUGAGCUUCUGAAAGGAGAUAGGAAUGCUGUACUCAUUGAUAUCCGGCCUGAGGAUAUCAGAGAGAAAGAAGGCAUUCCUGCUCUUCGACGCGCUGCUCGGUCUCGUUUUGCCAAUGUAACACUACCUGAGAUUGAUGGAUCUGUAAGGAAGUUGUUCAAGAGUAGAAGAGAACUUGAUGACUACCUGCUAGCUGCUGUCAUUAGGAACUUGAAGAUUGUUCAAGACAGCUCUCAGGUUAUAGUUAUGGAUGCUAACGGUAACCGUUCCAAGGGCAUUGCGAGGUCACUCCGGAGACUUGGAAUCAAGAGACCAUAUUUGGUCCAAGGUGGCUUUCGGUCUUGGGUGAAAGAGGGCCUCCGCAUUAAGGAGUUGAAACCUGAGACUACAUUGACAAUCCUCAAUGAGGAAGCUGAGGCAAUUUUUGAGGAAAUCAACCCAACACCGUUACAAGUUGUUGGAUAUGGAGUGGGUUUGGUAGCAGCAGCAUAUGCAUUAGUUGAGUGGGAGAAGACACUACAAUAUGUUGGAGUUUUUGGCCUAUGUCAGACUUUAUAUUGCCGAAUUUCUUCUUACGAGGAGUCAGAAGAUUUUAAACAGGAUUUGAGGCAACUUUUGGCCCCAGUUAGGCUAGGAGGCCAGGCAAUGACAUGGGCAGUAGGCAAGUUGGAAACAAACCGUAAUCGUAAUGGACUACCAACUUCACCUUCUUCAACUGACGUUCAGAGCAGGGUGUUGCAGGCUGCUGCAAAGCAUGAAUCACAACCAGAUAAUGAAGAGAUUCAAGAUCCAUCCCCUGACACUAUGGCUUCCGUCAAUGAAAACGUUGAUCUUUCUGAAGCAUAGAGGAUUUAAGUAUUUCGCAGCUGACUAUAAUAGUCCAACUGAAUGACAUGUUGGGAUCCAUCUUUGUUUAGAUGAGAUUAUCAACCAAAUAAACACCACCUUAAAAUUUGUAUAGUCAAGAUUUGAGAUUCUUCUUUUGGUAAUGAAUAUGUUUUGUACAUUCGUUGGAUAUACCAUUGCGAACGCUAUGUUAUGAAUUUAGCAAAA